AUGAAUUCUCCUCUGGAUGGCAGUGCUGACCAUGAAGUAUCGCAGAGUCUCACCACGUAUGUCCUCAAGUACCUGAACCGAGAAGCAUAUGCGGAAGAUGUCCAUAUACACACGAAUCCGGGACCUUGCCUUGAGGAGACGCUGAUCUACGCCGACACCUAUGAUACCGGCUGCUUCCAGAAUGAAAACGCUGGCCAGGCAGAGAUUCUCCACGUUCAUCUGCGUCCCAGGAAGCGCGCCCGCACUCCGACUCCGACCGUUGCUUCGGUCCCAACCUCAACAACUGCUCCAGCUGCCCCAACCAUGGCUUCAACAGUCGCUCCAGCCCUUGUCUCAAUCCCGGCUUCAUCCCCAAGCGGCGGCACACGCUUUUCGAUGGAUGAUCUCACUGACGAAGCGGCGAGAAGGAUCACGAAUUGGAAAGAUGGCAGACUUGUUGUUGGUCGUGUCAAGGCAACCGGAGCAGCUGUCUAUGCUUACCUUUGCUGUAAUGGGGCCGUCAAGUACUACGCGACGGAACGCAACCUGAACGGUGAACAAAUGGAUGCAAAAGGUGUGUUGGUGAUGUACAACAAGGUCGAACUCUUCCCAGAGACCAACCAGCUGGAAAUCCGCGAGAAACUCAUGUCAAAGAGGAAGGCAAUCGAGGAAAGGUGCAAAAGAGCAGUACGGGCUAAGGGCACUAGCUAUAAGACUAACCAUAGGCCUAAGCGACGGCUUAUGGCAUCGACAGCUCCUAUGGUAAGGCGGGAAGCAAGUGUCUAA